ACCUUUAAAAUGAACAGAGAAACUACAAUUACACAGAUGCACUUUUGCCCCUCCCACAGUAAAUUGACAAGGAAAAUGGCGUCGUCAAGCAGCAAGGUGUCACUAGAUGAAGAUAAAACAACAGAUAUGGAACCGAUUUCGGAAAAGCAAGACGAAGAAUUUCCAUUGAUCAAAGUUGCACCAAAAAAGGACGGCAAACUCAUUCUUUAUCACUGGACCCAGUCCUUCAGUUCGCAGAAGGUCCGCCUGGCAAUUGCAGAAAAAGGUCUGAAGUGUGAGGAGUAUGAUGUAAGCCUGCCUCUCAGUGAACACAAUGAGCCCUGGUUCAUGCGAUUAAACCCCGCUGGAGAAGUGCCUGUGCUAAUCCAUGGAGACACUAUAAUCUGUGAUGCCACUCAGAUCAUUGACCACUUGGAACUGUCAUUUGUAGAUGAAAAUACACCCAAGCUGAUACCAGAGGAAGGAAGUAUGUAUUAUCCAAGAGUCCAACAUUAUCGAGAGCUGUUGGACUCUCUGCCAAUGGAUGCUUAUACCCAUGGUUGUAUUUUACACCCAGAGAUAACAGUUGAUUCUCAGAUACCUGCAUAUGCAACAACAAGAAUUCACAGUCAGAUAGAAAAUACUGAAUCUGAACUCAAGAAGCUUGCCCACAAACACCCAGAGCUGCAGGAAGCAUAUGUGGCAAAACAGAGACGCCUCAAAUCAAAAUUGCUGGACCAUGACAAUAUGAAGUAUGUGAAGAAAAUUCUCGAUGAGCUGGAAAAAGUCCUUGACCAGGUAGAGACUGAACUUCAGAGAAGGAAUGAAGAAACACCAGAGGAAGGGAACCAGCCUUGGCUCUGUGGUCAUUUCUUCAGUGUCGCUGACGUGUCACUAGCGGUUACGCUGCACCGAAUGAAGUUCUUGGGUCUGUCGAGAAGAUACUGGGGAAAUGGAGACCGACAAAAUGUGGAAACAUACUAUGAGCGGGUCCUAAAAAGGAAGACCUUCAGGAGGGUAUUGGGGAAUGUAAACAAUAUCCUCAUAUCUGCGGUUUUGCCAACAGCUUUCCGCGUGGCUAAGAAGAGAGCCCCCUCUUUUCUGGGAACCACCUUAGUGGCGGGUAUUUUAGGAGGAAUGAGUUACUUUGCUUUCUUGUACAUUAAAAAAAGGCUAAUUAGUGCUGGUUGAGAUACCUAAAACAAAACAAAAACAAAUAAAAAACACUUCUCUUGUGACAUUUUUGCAGUCCAGUGCAAAUCACUCAGUUUUUUUUAAACAAAAUAUAUCAGUUACUGGUAGUUGCACUAAGAAAAACACAUUAUUUGUAUUAUCUUUUGUAUAGUAUCCAUACAUAACGCACAUAACUCAGAGGCUACACAAUUUAUUACAUGCUGUCUACUUUUUUUUAUGACUGUUUGUGUAAUGUAUGUUAAUGUUGUCUUUGCUGACAAUUUAUGCCUCUCUAAAAUGUAAUCAAGGCUUUAGAAAAACACAAUAUUUUUAUAUUUUUAAUUAUUAAAACUUAUGUACUUUAUUUUCACUUUUCUUGCCACCACACUGUCACUCCAUGAGUAGCAGGUGUUAGAACCCCAGCUAAAGUCAUACCUGUUGCAAAUUGCAAAGAUUUAGGUGGUCCUUCUAAUAUCUGCUUUAUUUUUAUUUUCUUUGUUAUACUGUUCAAAUAAAGCAAUGUGUUAUUAAUGUGUACCUCUUGUAUCCACCGUGCCUGAACUGAAAGACAUUAUACAUUGUGUAAUUAAAAAUAACUGCUUUAGCUGUU